UCCUUAUCCUAUGAUGGUAUGACAAGUUGGCAGGCUUUUUCUAGUAAAUUUUCGCGUUACGCUUUGCUACAGGAAUGGAGCGAUUCCGAAAGCAAUGAUCAAUUAUGCUUUUGUCUUGAAGGAAAGGCCAUUGUUUUGAGAUUUUGUCAAGGUUGUAUUGAUAAAGAAGCGGGGCAGUACGCCUGUAAUAUGCGCCCUAGAACCCUGGAUGCAGCAAUCCAAUCUAUUAAAUGGAAAUUUAUGUAA